UCCCUCUGGUCCCCACUCGAGUUUGUCAGUACUGGCCAUAUCUGGGUAAGACAGUCGGGGUAUCGUUGUCGUCAGCGGUAUGGUUCUUACCUGGGUCCUUUCUGACUGAACUCAUUACUUGCGACUAAUACAGGAUGUAAUAAUAACAAUCUAUAAUACAGACGUUUCUUCCCCUCCCUUACCACCCCUUGAACUAUUGCCUGGAGCUUAGGUUUCGGAUACGCGGGGCACCUGACACUUCCUGGGUCAGGACAGAGUCGGAUUUAGUAUGAAUAAAAAUGUACUCACUCUGUGACUCGUCCCAGUUCUCUGUCGGUGUCCUGCAUCCUUUACACAUCUUCACUACACAAGGCAUCCUGAGCCCUUUGUGAGGGAAUGCCCCAGUUAGUUCCAAAUUGGGUGAGUUUUGUAUGAGGAACCCACUUAAUAUAAGGACAAUAGACAUUUCAUCCAACAAUCCUUGUCCCGCAACAAAAGACGUGAUGAAUGAUAUUUGUAUAAUGGGCUAUUCUGAGAAAGAAAUGUUGAAGUUUUUAUGGAUAAGUUUGUGUCACCCCAGGCCCAGUUAAUUUUUCAAUGGUGAUGCUGUAAGAGCUAGAACCUUGAGGGACUAAGGCUGCUUACGGGUGAAAGAGGAUCCUCUAGGAAGAGGACUUGUGUUUCCUUCAAGCAAACAUGAAGAGGGCAACAGGAAACCACCUCUUGUAUUCUUUUCCCUGAUCAUGUUGCUUAUUGAAAUUGAAAAUGGGAGGCUGCUGUGAGCAACUGAAAAAAGCACAAGACUGUGAGUUGUGGGGAAAUGAGAAGAGGAUCUGUAUUGAAACCUUUGCCAAUUCGUAGCAGCAUUCCUUAAAUUAUUCAGACUCUCCCAGGAAUAUUCUGUGCAGCCCUGCAUCAUAAGAAAACAUGUUAUAAUCCUCGAGGGUGCAACAUCAGGAUGAUUCCAUAACACUAGAAUCUUAAAUUGGGAAGAGAUUGAGGAAGCUGGAUUUGCCCUAAUUGGAACAAGAAGGAUGCUUUACAAUAACCUAAUUAUGAAGAUGAUUGAACACACAUUCAAACAGUUGUUUGUAUUCAGAAAGGGAUCAAAAAAUAAUUUGGAAAUGAAGAACAAAUACACUGUGUGAAAUGGUUCUGCCUAUACUAACCCCUGCUGCAGGGUUUGGAUACUGCAAUUCUGUCCAUUUUUCUGAGUGAAUCGCAAAUCAAUAACCUUAGCUGAGUUCCUACUCCUGAUUUCUAUCCAAUGACCCUGCUAGAAAGUGCGUUUUGUGAAUGUUGAGUAAAGAUAAGAAAGUGUGUACUGAUCACACCUCCACAGUUAAAUUUCUGCAGAUAUAUGCUGCCUUAAUUAAUGCUUGAAGAAUGGCUGCAAAUGAAAUACUGGAAGACUGCUGGUCAUCUCUGGAUCAACACCCCAUGAUAAAUUGGUGCUUUCUGGAAAGAGAUAUAUGAAUGACCCAGAACACUGUGAAAUACAACAGAGACUGAAUCAGCAGGCAGUGGGAAAAUAUGCCAAUACCUCCGCCACCCCCUCCCCCACCUGCUGCACCCCCUCCACCCCCAACUUUAAGUCAGGCAAAUACAGCUACACCUAAAUUGACCAGAGACGAGCAGCGUAAUCGAGGGGCACUCUUAAAUGAUAUCACAAAGGGAGCCAAACUUCGAAAAGUGACCAAUGUGAAUGAUAGAAGUGCCCCAAUUCUUGAAAAUGCUAAAGGAGGAGUGGGAGGUGGCAGUGGUGGAGGUGGAGGAUUUGGCGCAGGACCUGUUUCUGGAGGGCCAGUCCCAUCAAUGGGUGGUUUGUUUCAGGGUGGAGUUCCUAAGCUUCGCCCGGUAGGACACAGAGACAAUUCAGAAUCUGCAUCCGGUAAAACAGCACUAAAUCCACCUAGUUCAAGAUCUGCUGCUCCGCGACCUCCUUCCAGCAGUAACCGUUACAGUGAUGAUUCUGAUUCACAGAGUAAAACAUCACCACCAGAACUUCCAAGAGUUCAUCGACCUUCAUUACCGGAUCUUUCCAGCACAUCCCGCCCCAGUAGUGCUGGUGGUGUGAGGCACAGCGCAUCAGCACCACCACCGCCGCCUCCAAUUGGAAGACGUACAAAUCCACCUCCGCCACCUAUGCACAGCAGCAGAACUCAUUCCAGUGGACCAUACAACAGGGAAAAGCCUUUGCCUCCUACUCCAGGACAAAGGACUCCUGGCAAUCGAGAUGGACCGCCUGCCCCUCCCUCUGUCAAGCCUCCCCCAUCACCAAGGCUUGGUAACAUUCAGAGCCAGCCUUUGCCACCCCCUCCCCCACCUUAUAGGCAACCUCCCCAUGUACAUAAUGGCCCUUCCAGUCCUGGGAAUGAAGCUGCCCCAGAAUUGCCGCAGAGACACAACUCAUUAUCACGCAAGUCAGCAGGACCAAUGCGGGGAGUCGCUCCUCCCCCUCCAUCUCCUUCACCCUCCCAAAACCGACCACCACCACCUGCUAGAGAUCCGCCAAACCGAGGUGCAGCUCCCCCACCACCUCCCCCAGCAAUGCGGAAUGGAGCUCGAGAGGUCCCUCCCCCACCACCACCGUACAGGACACCCUCUUCAGAUCCUCCAAGCCGAGGGAAGCCCCCACCACCACCUCCAAUGCGAACUCCUGCACCCCCUCCUCCACCUCCGCCUAUAAGAAAUGGACAUAGAGACCCCGUUGGAUCAUCUUCCAAGUCAUUUAUAGAUGAUUUUGAAUCAAGAUAUUCAUUUCAUCCAAUUGAAGACUUUCCAGCACCGGAGGAAUAUCGGCAUUUCCAAAAAACGUACCCAAGUAAGCUGAACAGAGUUGUUCGAGGGGCACCACCUCUGCCGCCUGUUGCGAGGUGAUCUGGGACUGUGGGGGUUUGGCUAUUCCCUGCCUUCCCUGUUGGAAAACUGACACUUUCCCUUCCUUUCUUUUCCUGGUGUACAGCUCAAGAUCCUUAACCACUUCAAUACAUUGAGGCAAAACCUCUUCAGAUCUGCUUUGAGCAUGCAUUUUAAUCUGAGACCCCUGAGUUUCAGAUUGCACAAUCUUUGACCUUCACAUCUUUCAGCUCCAGGAAUUGUCAUUGCAAUUGGGCUGAGCUAAUGGAAAGUUGACUGGAAUGUCAUGAUUUUUUUUUAAGUUGAGGGGUUGUAAGAUGUUUACAGCUACCAGAGAUCCAAGAAUGGCAUGUCCAAGUUUCACUACAAAUGAAAUUGAAACACGUGGAAUAAUGUGGAUUUUGUUUCGGUCUAUAUUUAGUGCUUAAACUUAACCUUUGUAAAUGGAUGUUGAUUUGAAAAUAUCCUUGGACCUCUGGUAGAGUUGUAGAAUCAUGGAACACUAUUGGGUAAACAUAGACCAGUUGGUAAGACUAAAAUUCCCAUGCUAUGUGUAUUUUUUUGAAUUUUUAUUCCAAUAUCUAGCUGGUCCUUGCCUUAUACACUAUGUCAUGUUGUCAGUACCAGAUUUAUUAUAAUGUAUUUACUCAAGUACAGGAGAUAUAGUAAUCAUUGUUAUAAUUCUUUCUUUGUAAUUGUACAGAGCUUGUGAAUUAGGUAAUGGUGGGCUUGAUGGAAGACACUACUUUCUCAGAUGAUGGACUGACUCGCUUGUUUUGAUUGCUUAUCCUAUCCACAGCAAAGGUUUCAUCUUUUGUUUAAUCUGGAACAGCAAAGCUCAUGUUGAGGGAUGCUGUCUGAGUGUGUCAUUUACCAGGCACAAGUAAAGUUUUUUCUUGGCACGUGCUGGGUAUGAGAGAUGUCUAUCUGGCAUUCACCAAGUCGGGGUGAUGUCUCCUGGUACGUGCUAGGUACGAGCGAUGUGAAAUGCACUGUGCAUUUUUUUUAAAGCUGUAACUACAGGCCAAAGCACUUUGAAUUCGGUGUUUUUUUUGUGUGUUUGUCUGUAAUGUGGUACUUUCAUACUGUUUCUGGGAACCCUGUACACUUCUUCUACAGCCUUCAUGUGCGUGCUACAGUACCAGCGAGUCCAAAUCUCUCUCUCUCUCUAUAGGAACAACGGUAAUUUCUUCCAUUGGUAAACAUUCUUGUUUCUCUCUCCCUCUCUUUUUCCAUAUUGUUUGGAAGUGGGGUUUGUAUUUAGAUCCAAAAUCUUACUUGAGAGAGAUACUGAGCAAUCUAUAGAGCAGUUUACAGUUUUCCAUACAAAUGUUUGGCAAGUUUAUAGCAAAUAUAUAAAGGGGGGAGGGAAGAGAGAGAGAGACAGCAUAUAUAGAACUGUACCAAUUAAUCAAUUCAUUUUCUAUUGAUGUUAAAUAUUUUAUUAAUCAAUCAGUUUAUUUUUGAGUCAAUCAGUAUGGGUAUAACCCGAUAUUAUAUUCUUACUUGAUUGAGUCAUUCAGAUCCUGCAGAUGAGAUUGCUGUAAUAAGACACAGUGCUUAAAUGGGCUUUGUUUUGUCAUGUGCCUGACCUUCCUACAGGGCCACUAGUUUACCGUUUUCAUAGAUGAACAGUGGACCGAUCCCCAGAAUACUGGUAGAAAUCCUGGAAACUCAUUUCAUGGAAUUUGACUCGUUUAAUCACUAUACAGCAGGAUGACUUGUUUGCUGGAACAAUUAUUUGGCACAGCCGAAAAGGUUUCUUUUAUAUAUUUUAACGUGUUAACAUUCAUAUAAAUGUUAUUUGAAUGCACCUACCUUAAUAAAAGAGAGCAAUCUGCAUUGGUGCUCUGCUGGGUUCAUUUGAUGAGUAUGGAAAAGCCCGCUAUCACAAGUGCUGAUGCAGGUGUCAUUGGAUCAGGCUGUUUCCUCAUGAAUACAGCGCACCCAGCAAUGCAGUUACUCAAAGCGAUAUUCAGUUUCCUGCAUCAAUGUUUGGAUGUGUAGAAGAUGCAACAAAGCAAGAAUCUGGCUGCCGUUUUUUAAAAACUUGAAAUGUGCCCAUAGAAAAGGGAAGAGAAGCUCUCUGCUGCACCAUCAGCUAUCCUAUUCGUAUGGACUGUGUGUGUGGAUCUGCAGAUAUUUUCACACAUGUAUGGAAUGCUUUUUGAAUUUUACAUUUGUGAAACAUCAUUAGCAAGUACUGUGAAAAUAACACAUUAAAAUGUGUUUCAUUAUGCAUGGGACAAUUUUAUAAGAUUUUGACUCGCUGGUUUAUAAAGUAGAAAAUGCACUUGCAACUAUACUCAAGCUUAUCCUACAGUUUAAGCGUGACAGGAUGGUUUUCUAUACUGUACGAGUGCAUGCAAUUUAAAUGCUACAGAACUGGCCCACCAUGCUUUUUUGUCUCAGUCUCAAUGGACCCAGUGUGUUUGCAUUUGCUUCUGGCUGCGGUUUCAAUAGUGUAGUCAGUGAAAAUGACCAGUUCUUGUAUAAUAAUCUUUUGAACCAAUAACUCUAGUGACCAUUCCACAGAAUAGUCUGGUCCAGUACUGGUGAUGUCUUUGAUUCUUGUUGAAAAUCUGGUACUUGUAUUCCUAAUCAUCCAGCACACACCAAGAAAGGAAAAAGCAAACAGUGAACGAACUGUGCAGAAAGCUGACUGACAGAUGGGCAAUGAGCAGGUUUUGUGGGUUUUAAAAAUAGAUUAGAUUUGCAGCAUUUACUGCAGGUGUCAUAACAGUUUUGCCAGUCGUCCCCAAUACAAGGCUACCAGACUGAGAUCUGGGAUUGUAAUACAGGUUUGAAAUGUGCAAUAUUGGCACUGGUGCCGACACAUGUACAGUAAUGCCAGUGCCCGUAUGUGUAAUACCAUGCCAGUACCCUCUACAUAUGAUGCCAGCUUCAUUACUGGUGCACAUAGCGCCAGCUCCCUAAUGUAUGGUGUAUGUAAUAUGCCAGUCCAGUACAGGUCCAGUAUUUGUAUAAUUUUUUUUGUUUUCCUCACUUUGCGGUUGCCACAAACAUUGUGCCUUACAGAAUGCACAGGCGUUUCUGUGUUGCUUUGUUUUGCUCUUUUACGUGCGUGUGAGCGCACACACAAAAAUAGGACAGAAGGACUUUUCCCUUCCAUCAGACAUUGCCUGUUUUGAGUCCUGUGAAUAUUACCAUGUGUCUGUCGUCUGAGGCCACCUGUGGUGGGUUUCUUUUUUUUUCCUCCAGUAGCUUUUCCGUCAACUUGGUGAGUACUCUGCGUUCAAAAUAUUAUUUUUAAACAAAAUUAACCUCAUUAUUAUUAAAGUUCUGUUUAGCUGGAUUAAUUUAUUGUUUUGAUUUAUGUUUCAUUUUAUGGUAAUCUAAUAGAUUUCCUGUCCCUCUCCUAUGGUUGAUCUGUGCAGGGUGUUGGGGUAGUCUCUAACUAUGGAUCUGGAGUGUGCUGUAGCUUCCCCUGCUAUGCAAUUCUUGAUUAUGAAAACAAAACUUUGUAAUCACAUUUCUUUAAAUGGUACAGCAGCCUCUUCUGUGGGAUUGAAAUACAUAGAAGAAAAAAAGGACUCAGAUAUGAAGAUUGCAAUAACUAAAGCAUUAAAUUCCCUUGUUUAUUGCUGUAUCAUGCAGGCCAGCUGGACUUGGUUCUCUGUUAAUUAUCAAGAAAAUUGAAAUAAAAAUAAUCACUUUAAUUUUUCUUAC